UACUGUACAUGGACACUUUAUUAGUUAAGACUUUGAGUAUCUGAGUAAGAAAGGAACUAAAGAGACUUUCAUAAAUGUGAAUACAAUGACAUAGAGAAGCAUGUUGGGUCCAAAAUAGAGGCUUUCUAUGUAAAAUAAUAAAAUCUUUUUCGAUUUUUUAAGAAAGUUGAAACUAAGUUUGGUUGUUUUUUCUUCUUCUUGAUAAACCAAAAAGCCAUUGAUUUCUGAGUGGUCGGAUGUUGUGGGCCAAAAAGGUCAUAUUUUGAUUGUCCUUUUCCAACUUAUUGUUUCUCUUGUAGUGAUUACAUUCCUCUUUUAUGUUUCCUUUAACAUUUGAUAAUGACUAUCAAUUAUUGAAAAUUAUAUGUGUAUGUAAGUAAUGUCAUAAACCAAUUUAAUAUGGAGCGAGUGACGCCUAGAAAUUUGAAAUGUAUAACAAAAAGUUGUAAAUUAGUUUGGUUACCAAUUAGUUUAAGUAUAUUUGUUUGAUAAUGAGUUACACCAUUUGAAAGAUACUAAAUGGUUAUUAUCAAUAACGAAAUAGUGGUGCAGAAACUAUUUUAUUUUUAAUCAGAAGCAUAAUUUGGGAGAUAAAUGUUGAUCAAAAAAGUUUAAGUAUGUCUACGCACGAGCUGGUAUAUGCUCUUUGUUGAUCAGUGACUUAAUGUUGACUAUGAAAAGUGAGUGAAAGAUAAGAAGAGAGUUCACUCACGGCUUUGUAUACAAUUGCUCAGUAUUUUUACCGCUUGAAAUCUUCUUACCAUGAUAUUAUCCUUUGUUUUGAUACCCGUAGAAAAGAAAAAUCUUAAUCGUGAUACUCAUGAUUAAAUAUGAAAUUGUGCGAAGAUAAUAUAUUAUAUAGUUUUGAAAUCAUUACUAUGUUCCACAUCAGUGCCAUCACUAUUGUUAACUGUUUAAAUGUCCAAUGUUUACUAACCGGCAUAAAUUCAAUAUGCAUGGUAUUAAGUUAGAUUUGUAAGAAAAAUUACCUGGAAUACACAAAAUUACAAGCUUUCUAUCUAUAAUUUUAUUCAUUCACAAUAUUUAUAAUUUACCAAAUAUGCACAGUGUAGAAACAAAGAGAGUUUGUUUUGUUCAAAGGCUCAUUCAUUUGGUGCUUUGUCGCUUCUGCUUGUAAUGCUGAGCUUGUGAUUGUUAAAGCGGCUUCUGUUGCGGUUUUAAUUUCGGGCGUUAGACCAGUACUUGUGCUCUCUAAUUCCCAAAGUUUCAUUUCACUUCUUAGCACGAUUGGCGUUGAGUUUCGAGGACUACUCAGCGAUAUUAUGUGUUGUUUAUGUGUUAUGUUUGCUCCUAUUUUAUGGUGUUAUAUCUCAUUGCUUUGCUUUGUUAUGGUAGCAGCAGAUGUUCUUAGUCGAUUUGGCCUUGUUAUUGCUUGAUGUAAACGACUUCUCCAGCUAUAGAGAGUAAUGAUUUAUAAAACUGUUGUUUGAUAAAUAAAAAAAAAACGUUUAUUACUUUGAAAUACUUACUACUUUGACCGAAAAAAAAUUACGACUACAAAAGUAUUAAAUAAUAAAAAAUACUGACGACCAGGAAGACAUUAAUUUACAAAAAUAGAUAAUUAGCAAAUGAUUUUUACACGUGGGAUAUGGUAUAAUUGGAGUAUUCUUACACACGUCUGAGAGGAUAUUUUUUUACCACACAAAAAAAGUCAAGAGAGGAUACAGACAGGAAAACACACCCUUCUAUAUUCAUUUCAAGUUUCAGAUAUUGCUUACAAGUCGAUGAUCGUAAUUCGUAAUCAAAUUAUUGCAUGUAUGAAGUAUGAUGUAUACAUUAUUCCUACGUUAAAAACAAAAUAAUUCCACAAACAAAAUUAUUGUAUGCAUGACAUGAUCUGCUUCCCAUGCUAGAGAUAUUCAAAGACCGUACUAGUACUAGCUACCAGGACAAAAUAUAGCUCCAAAAUCAAAUUAACAGCACAGGUUUGGAUUUAUUUUGAAUAAAGAAAUUCAAUAUAUUUGCGGGAACUUAUCAAAAAAAAAAAAUAUUUGCGGGAAAUCACAAAAGAAAGACACAAAAGAAAAGGCAAUAUAAAAUUUCAUCAGAUAAAGAAAAUAAAGCUGAAGUUAAUCGAAUGCAUCACAAAAAGUAUACAAACAAUACAGUCUAUGAAAUUGAUAACGAAAACUUUCAAAUUAAUCCCUAUUUUCUGCGUAUUUUUCUUGUUUCUAAACUCAAAAUCGAAAAAUCUAUUUAAACCAAUUAAAAAAACCCGUACUUACCAAACAAAACAUUACACAACUUAAUUCUUGAACUGAUCAGGGCCAGCAUACGAUAAGACUACACUCAUAAUAGUAGCUUGGUAAAAAGUUUAGAUUUCAUCUUCAAAACAAAAUUUAGUCUGAUAUUUUGCUCAAAUAUCGAAAAGAUAUAUUUGUUAAACGAAUGAAAAGAAAAAGGAAAAAGAAAAAAAAAGAAGAAAGCGAAAGAAGAGAAUGUCGUAGAGACAAGAAAUAAGAAUUGCGAUGGCGUGGUUUGCAUCUUUUGUUUGCUGGUAAAAAUAGAAAUUGUUACGGUGGUUAAAGCGGUAACUUUCAUAGUUGACGCAGCUGCUAUGAUUGAUGUAGCGAUGAUUGACAUGAUUCCUACGGUAGACCUGUAGUGAAGCAGCAGCACUGACAAAUAUUUUAAUCAGCAGCUAAUAUCUUACUAGUAACUUCCCUAACUUGAAACGAAUUUUGCUUACAUCUAUAUUCAUCAGAUCGAUGAAGAACAAAAACUAUAUAUAGCGUUCUAUUAAGUUCUGUAAUUUAAAUGUUUUGGAAUCACACUAUACUUUUUUGCAUGUUAACUGACACUGAAGCAUGUGAGUUGCUUUGAAAAUUUGUCAAAACAAGUGUGAAUUUUUAUUUAAAAUAAUCACCUUUGACAAAACACCGGCUCAACAAGUAACGGGUUUAUAUUACACGAGACAAUACCGGAAGAACAUAGACAUUUGACAUAUCUCCAAUUAGUUAGUGUAUUCAUUCACUAAACGCAUGUUAACACACAAGUAAACUGGGAGACAAGGCCAAAAUUUGUUUCUUAUAAAGAGGAUACAAAAUACUCCCUCUGUUUUUUAAAGAUAGUUAGAUAGAUGUUCUAGGAAAAUAUUUUGUUUCCAAAAGAUGUAUUUUUUUAUGUUUUCAAAGCAUAUUUUGUCAACUAAUAAUGAAAAAUUAUGUGUUUCAAAAAUAUUAAUUACAUUUCUUUUAAUCCUAUUGGUUUAAAAAUAUAAGAAAUAUAAAGUUACAAAAAACUAUGCAUUAAUAACUAAGUUUUAAUAUGGUUUCUUAAUAAGUGUGAAAAUCCUAGAACAUUCAUCUUUAAAAAACAGAGGGAGUAAGAUUUUGGCUUAUAUGAUGAAUUGAAUAAAGCUGGGAAAAUUAUAGAAAUAUUGAUUUUUUAAUAUUUUCACACAUAUUAAAAAAUACAUUAAACUACUAUGUAUUGUUUUCUGUGAUUUUCAAUUUUCAAUAAACUUUAACUAAUAAUAAUUCAAUAAAGUCAAUUAAUUUUUCUGAAGUCUAUAAUUUUUUCAUAAAAAACACUAAAAAUACUUAUUUGUGAAACAAAUUUUUUUCUAAAAUAUCUUUCUUAGUACUAAUCACCCUGAUCCAUUUUCCAUCUUUUGAUUUGAUAUUCCUUGAAACAUUUUUAUUUUAAUUUGUUAAUUACCGUUGGAACCAGACAAAGAAUCAGAAACAACACUACCAAUCUCUCUCUGUCUCUGUAUAAUCUCAGUGUUGUCUCUCUCUCUACAAGCCGAGUGAGACAGUGAUGACAAUAACUCUGAGCAGAGGAAGGACUAACCACCAUUUCCAAUCAUGAAUCCGGCAACUGACCCAGUCUCCGCCGCUCCACCUCCACAGCCACACCGUCUCCCAACCUCCUGCGACCGUCACCCGGAGGAGCGAUUCACCGGUUUCUGCCCUUCCUGUCUCUGUGAACGCCUCUCAGUCUUAGACCAAACCAACAAUGACACUGCAUCAUCUUCUUCUCGGAAGCCUCCCACCAUCUCCGCCGCGGCUCUCAAGGCCCUCUUCAAGCCUUCUGGUAACAACGGUGGAAACGGCCGGGUAAAACCCGGAUUCUUCCCGGAGCUCCGCCGCACAAAAUCGUUCUCGGCGUCAAAGAACAGCGAGGGACUCUCCGGCUUGUUCGAGCCGCAGCGUAGAUCUUGCGACGUCAGACUUCGUAGCUCUCUCUUGAACUUGUUUACUCAAGAUGAGCAACGUUACCCUCCGAUCACCGUCUCCGGCGGCGAGGCCGAGGCGGAGCCAAGAAAAUCUAGCGUUCAGGAGCCUGUAUUAGAAGCUAACGACGAAGAAGCUGAAACUGAAGAUGACUACGUCGACUUCGAGAUUCUCAAUGAUAACUCCAGCAACGAAGCUGUUGAAGAGAGAAAUGAGAUAGAGGAUGUUAAAGUCCCUGAGAAAGCUAUAAGCGAAGAGGAGAUAAUAGAUGUUGAUUCUUCUCAAACCAAGAAGGCAUCGGUACGACGUAGUUUCUGGUCAGCCGCCUCUGUUUUCAGCAAGAAGCUUCAGAAAUGGAACCAGAAGCUGAAGAAGCGGCGGAGCAACGGCGACGAUCACCACCGGCCGGGAUCCGAGAGGCUACCGGUGGAGAAACCGAUAGGGAGACAGCUCCGCGAUACGCAGUCGGAGAUCGCCGACUACCGGAGGUCGUGCGACACCGAUCCUCGAUUCUCCGUCGACGCCGCCGGGAGAUUCUCCGUCGAUAUCGGGAGGAUCUCGGUCGACGAUCCUCCUUACUCGUUCGACGAGCCGAGAGCUUCGUGGGACGGGACUCUGAUCGGACGGACGGCGAGACCUCCGCCGCCGCCGUCGAUGCUCUCCGUGGUGGAGGAUGCGGCGGUGCAAACCCGAUCAGAUAUGCAGAUUCCGGUGGAAGAACCACCACUUAAUCAAGCGAACAAUGAGUCCGAUCCGGACCCGGUUAUAAUCCCCGGCGGAUCAAUCCAAACCCGAGACUAUUACAAUGACUCAUCCUCCCGGAGGAGGAAGAGUCUCGACAGAUCAAGCUCUAUAAGAAAAAUCCACGUGGCGGAUGAGCAGAAGCCGCGAGUGUCUAUAUCAAUAGAUACUUACUCAGGAGGAUCAAUGAGGGAUGACAGUUACGUUGUCGAGACGGGAGGUAACGGCUUUUACCGGGAACCGACGAUCACCGGUGAGAGGAGAGUGAAUAGUAAUGAUAAUGGCUUUUACCGGGAACUGGCGAUCACCUGUGAGAGGAAAGUGAAUAGUAACGAUAGCAACAAGAAGUCUAGACGGUGGGGGAAGUGGAGCAUCUUAGGGCUUAUCUACAGGAAGAGCGUUAACAAGUACGAGGAAGAGGAGGAACACGGUGGGAUGGUGGAGUCAUGGCCGGAGCUGAGGAACGGUGGAGGAGAAGGAGGACCGAGGAUGGAGAGGAGUAAUAGCAAUGUGAGCUGGCGGAGCUCACGCGGUGUACCGGCGAGGAAAGUCAACGGGUUGGAGAGGAAUAAGAGUUCAAGGCCUGGUGAAAACGGGAUGUUGAAUUUUUAUUUGGCACCGAUGAACGGUAGCCGGAGAAUGAGCGUUGGAGCUGGAGGUGGUGGUGGUGGCGGGUGGGCGAAUAGUCACGGCCAUUCUAUAGCGAGGAAUGUUAUGAGGCUGUAUUGAUAAAAACUGUUCACUGGAUGGUUCGGUUUAAGUGGUUUAGCUCUCUGAACCUUCUUUGUCGUUUUUGUUGGUUUGGUUUAGUUUCGGUGCAAUUGGUUUACUUUUAAAAUGUUAAGGGGAGAGGGGAUGGGUUUCAAACGAAUGACUUGGUUACGUUGUCUAUUAUAACCGGAAUAAACCGCCUUUAACCAGCC